AUGGCGGCAGCAACUGCUUCGAGGGGGGGGCGAGAGGGCCGGGACUUCCCUGCCGCGCCGCCCCGCCGCUCGCUGCUCCGCGAAGUUUUGUCCGAGGCAGAAUUGACAGAACUCGGCCUCGACGCGUCUGUCGACGACUCGCCUAGUGCUCCCCCCUCGAUUUCUAGAAAACGCUUCCACGGGUUGUUCCUCCUUUCCGCGCUCUGGGUUCUCCUCUACUGGGGGUCCUUCUUCGCACUUCUGGUGUACUUACACCCGGAAGCACACCGGCCGCCAGACGACCUGCAGAUACAGCGUGGGGUGUACGUACACGUGAACAGUGCCGGCGCGCGCGGUGGCCGGAUGGAGGCCGCGCGACAGGCGACGGAGCAGAAAUCAGGUGGAAGCGCCUCAGGCGUUGAGGCGAGAAACGAACGUUUUCAGGGAUCCGAGAACGGAGGUCAAGGACCGGUGUUUGGAGAGGGCCGCGCCGACGCCUACCCGGAUAGUCGCGCCUCUGCGUUGCCGAGCGUCGACCGGUUGCAUUCUGUGUCGCCUCCCUCCUUGUCUUCUAUGGGGAGCAUUCGCGCGUACACUACGGCGGAUGCCCUGAACAGUGUCGACGCGGACGCAGAGACAGCGCGAAAAGCAGGCGUCUCGGACGAAGCCUCGGCGGGGAUCGACGACGUAUUUUGCUCUACGUGGGCCUUUCUGCUGGCGCUCUCUGUCUCCUCUGUGGCGACCGAGCUCGGCGUCCUCUACCUGCUGCGCAGCUUCACGCCGCUGCCGCAUCGCGAGGGUCUGCUCGCCUUUCCUCUCGCGUCGCCGUCGGCCCCCUCUGCGCUCCUCUCCACGGUCGCAGGGAGCCUCACGCUUCUCCUGGACUUCGUUUCGCACUUUUGCCAGCUCGGCGACGUCCUCUUCCUCUUCGCGGUCGCCCCGCCCCUCUUCCCGCUGCCGCUCUUCCUCUGCUGUCUCUACUCCGUGGCGCUCACCACGUUCUUCCUUCUCCUGCUUCAGCUCCGCUCUCUCCUCGCUGUACACCCCCGGGACCGGUUCGCCCUCCACGACGGCCCCGCUGCCUGCCUUCGAGCGCCUGUGGCGCUCCUCUGUCGGCCGCGCCUCCUCUCUGCGCUGCGCGUCCUCGUCGCCUGCCUCGUUAGCACCGGCCGCCUCCUCGUCCGCCUCCUCUCCCUCGCCUUCUCCCUGUGUCUCCGUGUCCCCGCGGCCUGUCAGGCCUGUCUCCGCCCCCGCCGGCUCCGAGCCGGCGCCCUCGCGCCAGCGGCCCUCGCGCCCCUCCACGCCGCCGCCCAACGGAGACUCUUCCGCCGGGACCUUGACGCGUCUUGUUGCGCCGAGGGCGACGCCGGCGUGUGGGGCGAGCCCAGCGACCGCGAGCAGUCUCUCAUCGGCGCCGCGGCUGUCUCCAGCUGUGAGGCGUCUCUCCCUCCGCCGGCGUCGGGCUUACAAGGUGACGAACAUCGCAGGGAAGAGAAGGACGCCGGCUCGCUUCCGCCCGCCGCCUGCUCUCACGCGUCGCCCUCGCGCGGCCUCUCUGCCGUGGGCGAAGGAGGCUCGCAGGGCGGCUUCGCUUCUUCGUCGCGCGUCUCCGGCCGGAUAGCCGAAGGACGCACGAGACAAGGAGCGCGAGCGCAAGGCGGAGGCAUUCUGCAACAGGUUCUUCACGGCUUUUUGCAGGCGAAGAGACCCAGCGCAGGCCGCUCGGAGGGGCGCGGCGCCUUCGCGGCGAGGGCCGAGAGUCCUGGCGUUCGCGCGCCGCAUGCGGCCGACGCCCUUCCCUCUGCGCAGGUGUCUCUCCUCUCCCCCUCGUCUUCCUGUGCGUUCGUCUCCACUUCCUUCUUCGCUCCAGAACGGGACUGCGAAGGCGGGCUGGAGAGCGUGGAAACAUCACGCAAGAGCGAGGACGGAGAAGAGGAGCGGAGAGAGAGAAGAGACAGGAGAGAGCGAGGCGUUUCGAGACGAGGCGAAGACGCCGAACGAAAGAGCGAAGAAGAAGGACGAACGACUACGAGCCGGACAGGCAACUGGGCGAGAGGAAGAGAGGGAGAGGACGGCGAAGCAGCAGGAGAAACACAGGACUUCGCUGAUGGCAGUGAAGUUAUGAAAUUAACAAACCACUUCCUUCUUCUUGACAUGGCCGCCGCUACCGACGCCCUCAAAAAUCAUUUCCUGCCGGCGGAGAAACUGGAGGCUUUCGAGUUUGGAGCUUCUCUGCUUUCUCUCAGCCGCUUUUAUUUGGGAGAUCUUUGUCUCUUGUUUUUCCUCGCCUACCCGGUGUGCGCCUUCGGCUCGGCGUCCUUGCCGGUUGUGCUUCUUCUCUUCCACUGCGCGAAGAUUCUUCUACAAACGCUGCUUUUUCUACUGAAGAGCGACGCGUCCAUAUGGGAACUGUGGUGCUACGAUCUGGACUAA